AUGGCCCGUCUAGAUGCACUCACGUUCCUCGAGAUGGAGGGCAGUCUCUGGCGGUGUGCCGGGCCCUGUGCCUCUCCGGCGACGAUCGCGCUGGCCAGCCACCCAUCUGAGUGCCACGCCAGUGUCGAUGCCGCGGCUCGAAUCGGUCGCACAGGGUCGUGCUUUGGCGACCGCCCUGCCGCCUCCAGGUUUCACAGCCAACCCUCGCUGUGCGACCUGGCCCUUCCUUCCAGCUGA